AUGGAAAAUAACAAUCAAACGACUACUUCCAAAGACCUUGAGAAAACUAAACUAGCAGAGCCUCCUAGUAAAGCCCUACAAGAGCCUAGUCCAAAAUUAGCAACAUCUCAGGAUGGAGAAGCCAAUCUUGGCUUGCCUACCAGCACUGGGCAAGAAGAAAAUGAUAAAGCUGGAUCAAAUCAAGUCCUCUCCAAAGAUGAUGGCGACAAGAAAUCAGAAGGCCAAGCUUCACUCCAAGAUGAUGAACCAGAGGAAGAGUACUCUGAGCCUGAAUCCGAUCAUGAGGAUGACUCUAAAUCUAACUGUGAUGAAGCUGGUCGUCAAAUUUCAAAAUCCAGAAAAAGCAAAUCAAGGAAAAAGAGCAAGACUUUCUAUUACACAGUUCUCAAAGGCAAUUAUCCACAGAAUGUCGUUGAUGCUAUUAAACUACGUAAAAACUGGAAGGAGUGAAAAGAUGACAGAGACAUGUUCGAAGCUUCACACUUCAUCUGGAAACCCACGAAUUUCCCAGCCAAGAGUUAUGGAAAGAUUGACUUCUUUAUUAGAAGAGGCAAGAAGAUGGUCUUUAACCACCUUGAGAAAAUAAGAGGGAUAAGUACAAAGACUGGACUUGUAGGGUCGCUUAAGGACUACUAUGACCAUUGCUCUGAAGCAGCUUCAAUUAAGUACAAUGCCUUCGAUAGUACCCCUACAACUUUUAUUAUCUCUCCUAGCUUAGAGGGGGAUGACUAUAAGGCUUUUAAUCAUGCUCUGAAAUCUUCAAAGAACAAGAUGGGAAGCACCUCAGAAUACCAAGACCAGUACAUCCUUCCUAAGCACUGUGAGAAUGGGACUUGGCUGGUCAAGCCAUCCUGCAUGAACAGAGGAAAAGGAAUUGAAAUAUUUCAUAACAAAGAAGAAAUCCUUAACUUUAUUUCAGGCAAAUCCUUCUUUAGCAAAUGGGUUGUCCAGAAAUACAUCGAGAAGCCCCUCCUUUACAGGGGAAGAAAGUUCGACCUCAGAGUUUGGGCCUGAGUGAACCAUCUCAAUGAGGUCUUUUUCUACGAGAAAGGAUAUGUACGAUUGUCCUCUGAAGAUUAUGAUCUUGACAACCAGAAUAAUUAUGUGCAUCUUACAAAUAAUUGCUUGCAACAGCAUGGAGACAAAUAUGGGAUUCAUGAAGAAGGAAAUACUAUCGGCUACGAAGCACUUCAGGAAUACCUUGAUGAAGCUUUCCCUGAUCUACAAGUUAGUGUUGAGAAGCAUUUCAUCCCCAGGAUCAAAGAUCUGAUCUUAGACACCUUCUUCUCCAUUAAGAAUGAUUUAAAGACCUGAAAAAGGAAAAGCAGCUUCGAGUUCUUUGGAUAUGACUUCCUGAUCGAUGAAGAUUUCAGAAUCUGGUUGAUCGAGUGUAAUUCAAACCCUUACAUUGGAAAAGUUAACCCCUACAUUAAAGUUUUGGUGGAGAAUAUGCUGGACGAUCUUUUCAAGACCUGCUUAGACCCAUAUUUCAAGCCAAAACAUGUAGAUGAACCCGACAGAAAGAACUUAUUCGAGCUAAUUUAUUCACCAGGAGGUACAAUCAACUCCAAAGAGAAGGUGAACCAGAGAAGAGAGUACACUUGGGACGACCUUUACAUUUCCUCUGAGACAAAAGAUAAAUUUAUAGAGCACAGAUUUGCAGCAAACAAAGAAAAGGAAGCCAAAUUAAAGAAUCUUAGGAACAAGUCUCCUUCUAAGCACAUCAGGAAGAACAAGGCCGUAGCUCCUAGAGAUGACUCCCAUAUCCAAAAUUCCCAAAAGAAGGAGCCUUUGCAAUAUUUUAACUCGUACCAUCACACACAGAACAAUCCGAAGAUUCGGAAGAGCUCUCACUCAAGAGAAGCCAAGGUUAAUAACAAGAUGACAAGCGUCAACGGGUCUCGUACAGAGACUGUUUUCCCUGUGAUCAAGAACGUUAUCGAAGAGAAACCCCCAACAAGGUUUAUAAACAAAAACUUCAUAAAUCAUAAUGAAAUCCUCCAGAAGCAGAAACAGAAGAAGUUAGAGGACACACAGAAAAUAGAGGAGCAGAUCACCUUCUUGGCUAAGUUCAACCAGGACGUUAGAGAAAGAAACCGGCUCAGAAGUAUUAAGGAGAAUGGGCUCUCACAUAAUAAGAUCGACACCCAGGUAAAGACGCUUGAUCCUAUCCAUAAGAACACAGACAGUUGUGCGAAGGAUACUGAAAGGACCUCAAUUACUCCUUCAAAGAGAGUAGUAGCUGAUGGGCAUUUCCAGAAGAAGUAUAUCUCACUGAAGGAGCAAAGAGCCAGACUUGACCUGUCAACGUUAAAUACUGGUCUUGAUAGGAAGAAGGGACCGAUCAUUAGUACUGAAAGGAAAAUAAAGAUUAAUGUAAAGAAAGCUAAGGCUGAAUCAGGCAAUCUGUCUAUCAACAGCAGGCUCAGUGAAAGCCACACUGUUGAGAAGAAGAUUAAGACACCUCUUGAGGACAAAAGCCAGAAUAAAUUACCAGUGCUUAAUCACAAACAUCUUAGUUCAGAAGUUGGCAAGCAAGAAAACAGUGUAAAGAAUGAGAAUGAAAAGAUAAAAUUGAGGGAGAAUAACUCUAUUCAGACUCUUAUGGAGAAUUCAGACCAACCCUUCAUGGGCAAAAAGAAGUCAAAUAAGCAGACAGCAGAUGGUUCCAAAAAGAAAAGAAUAAAGGAUCUCAAGAAGCUAAAGCAGUUCAGUCCAUACUUUGUCAACCUCCUAAAGAGCCAGACGAAGCUAUCUAACCUAUCUAAGAAGUUUGACUUCAUGGAUGACAAGAAGUCCCAGAACUACAAGUUGUACAAGGUGUAUGGAGUGGAGAAGCCUAAGAGAUAUAAGAAGAAAUCGCAGUAAAUAUAACUUUAUGUUAUUUCAACCUUCACUUACU